CAAUCCCGAUGCCCCCCGCAGUUGCAAGCACGCGCUUCAAACGCAAGGGAUUCUGGGAGGUGUAGUCAGAGUUACUCGACCAGAAUGGAGGACACCGCGGAAGGCACACAUGGUCGUGGAAACAGCGCAGACCCGGAGGAAGGCAGAUGUUCAGACAGCGAUUUUGGACCUUCGAAACUCGGAACGAGGGAAUAUUGGGAAGAUGCAUACCAGAAAGAGCUAGAGACGUUCAAAGACAUCGGGGAUGUUGGUGAGAUAUGGUUCGGUGAGGAGAGCAUGAGCCGUGUGCUGCGAUGGAUGGACAAAGCUGAGAUCCCGGAAAAUGCCGCCAUUCUGGACAUUGGCACCGGAAAUGCAGCUUUUUUAGUUGAACUGGCAAAACAUGGAUACAGGAAUCUGACAGGCAUAGAUUAUUCUCCAGCAUCUGUAGAAUUGGCCAGAAAUGUUCUGCAGGCGGAGGACUUGACAGGCGUCACUGUAAAGGAGGUGGAUUUCUUAAACCAUCAAGGAGAGCUAAAGGACUAUGAUGUCUGCAUCGACAAAGGAACAUUCGAUGCGAUAAGUCUGAACCCACACAACACGGAGGAGGGCAAAAAACUCUAUGUCCAGACUCUAAAAGAUGCACUUAAGGACAAAGGAUUCUUUGCUGUCACUUCCUGUAACUGGACAAAAGAGCAGCUGCUAUGCAGAUUCAGUGAAGGAUUUGAGUUUGUACAGGAGUUGCCAACACCCACUUUCCAAUUUGGAGGGAAAAUGGGCAACAGUGUGUCAGCACUCAUCUUCAAGCGAGUACAUUGAUUUACAUCCCCAGAGGAUAUUGACCUUUUUUUGUCUUUUGUCUGUGGUUAUUUUCUGUUUACCACAGGAACUCCUGCUUUAAUAUCUGUUCACAUUAAGACAUUUUUAUACAAGAUCUGAUUAUACAGAUUGUGUGAUUGGGUGAGACUGUUUUGGUUCUGUUGUAUUAACUUCACACCGAUCGGCAGAGCUGAAGACAUCUGUAAUGUUUAUGCAUUGACGAAGACAGUUAAUACAAUUCGCAGUUUAAUUUUGUUUCAAGAAUGUUUGUAUACAAUAAAGAAAUACUGCUAUGUGUUAAAAUUAA